CUCGGCUAGGGCGACGGUGUUGACGAAGAUCCUUUUCCACAUGGCCCUUCUUUAACGAAACUGAGUAGAAACAAAUCAUAGUUCAAGAAAGGAACAUUCUCUGAAUUUUGGAAAAUAUCGAUUGAGUUUGAUUACUCAUGAUUCAAGAAGUGCAAAUAUUUAUUUUCAUAUCCUCGCCAAAUGUUAAACGGUAGUGAUGGGGAGAAUGGACUGGUCGGUCUUAGCAGUAUUCAUUGUCCUAAUAUCACUCGUCUGCUCAGCAACUACCUGUCAUCCCUAUCAACAGAUGAAAAUGCGACGAUGCCUAUCAAUGAUGUCGCAUCUAAUACCCCAGAUCCAGCGACACGUCUAGCUGAAGAGAUAUCUCAACGGAAUGCCGUCAUCUACAUCGUGGUUGUCUUGUUCUUCUACUCUUUCGGUAUUGGGAUCAUGAUGAUUAAGUAUAUGCGGAAGGAGGCAAAAGAACAAGAGGAAUUUAAGAUGUAUCGACGCUAUAUGAACGAUGCACAUGAGAAUUAUGUCAAAUCUACUAACCGAGCACGUCUGGCCAAUCGCCUGGCAUUACAGGCUCUUAACAUGGUCAAUGCCAUUCCUCAGACCAGUCAGGUUGGAAGCAAAGUCACCUUUGUGUGACCUUAUAGGGAUGGCUCAUUCGAUGCACCUCUUUCUAGGCAGAAGUACGGUAGCUAUUCGUCAACUUCUACCCUCAAUAACUAGAAUAAUGCCCGUACGAUUGUUUUCAGUUGAAGACAAUGGUGAAUUCUUCUAGAAUUUGCAUUUGAAUAAAAUUUUAACUAAGCAUCUGCAGUAUUGUUGGUGAAGACAAAGUAUUUUGAUGUCUGUGGUAUUUAGCAUUAUGAUGUCUUUACAAUCAAAUCAAGCUAUCAAUUAAAUAUUCUAGUUAACUAAUAGAAGAUCUGAAGGUUUGAUGUCAUUAGAUUGAUUAUCAUCAAGCACAAGGUUUAUGAAGACCAUCAAAUUUUUUACUUCCUUCUUAUCACAAUCGCUGCUGGUUAUGUUAAUUACAGUAAUUUGCAUUUGUAAUUCUUGAGUUAGGACAUAUCUUGCAGCUUUAGAGUUUUAAUAAAUUGUAAUAGGUAGUACAAUGUAGAUUCAGCACUAAUUACGGUCGAGAAACAUAGUUCAAAUUAUGUUUGCAACGCAACUGUUCAUAAGUUGUUAGGUCACAGAUUAGAUUGUGAAUUAGACUGUGUUACAAACAGCAUCUAAGCGACAUUUUUAAAUCAGAAGGAUUUUAAUUACAUAACUUUUAAAUUGAAUUUCACAUGACAAAUUAUUUACCUGUAAAUAGAGAGUAUAAACUCAAACACUUAUCUUCCCCAGUGGAAGUAAAUAGUCUGAAUUGUUCAGGAUCUCUUCCAUUCUGCAGUACAUUGUAAAUAUCAUUAUCUAUACAACGGCUGCGCUUAAAGUUUAAAAAUUUUUAAAACUAUAUUUUAAGUGUAAUUUUAUAUAAUGAUAAAAUAAUAAUUAUGAGAAAAUUUUGCAUUAGAACUACAGAUACAUAUCAGUCCUUUAUUUCAGAUCUAGGUUUUGAAUUUUGUAUAAAAAUAAUGUCUUAAUAUUUGUAUUCAUUUCUGCUAUGAGAAUUUUUCUAAAUUACAAAAUUUUAAUUAGAAAUUUUUAAAAAGUAGAUGUAAUCAAUUGAUAUCGCUUUGUUCUAAUGAGUUAUUUCUUAUCUGUUUAUACGUCAUUACGUUUGGACAGGAAUUCUCUUUCCAGCACUCUUUAUUUUCAAUUCCUUAGUGGCAUCUUCGAAUUUUAGUAUAUAUCUAAUUAUAUCGCUCACUGAUUUUAAUCGAAUUUAGCUUUUAAGUUCAAUUUCACAAAUUAUGCAUCCUGGAAACUUGAUAAACUAAUAGGAUAGUACUUGACCAUAUUUUAGAAAGUAUGUUUUAUAUGUAUUUUAAGUAUUUUGUAUUUUGUAAAAGUAUUUUGUUAUAUUUUGUUUGUUUCAUGUGUUUUAAAACAUGGUUUUUUUAAUUGAACAUUACUA